UAUAUAUUGGAGGAAGGGAAGAGAGGAAGGUUGAUCACCGGAUGAUCAAGAUCAAAAUCACCAGUUUGCAUUCUUCUUCAGCAAAAGAGCAGCAGGACCAAUCAACAAACCAUGUCUUACUUCCGAAAAGAUCAUAGCGAUGACGUCGAGGACUUUGAUGAGUACGAUCCCACCCCAUACAGUGGUGGAUACGACAUUUCUCUGACUUACGGCCGCCCACUUCCUCCCUCCGAGGAAACCUGCUACCGCAGCUCCUCAUCAACCUCCGAGUCCUUCGAUUACGACCGCCCCCAGUACUCCUCCUAUGCUGAGCCCUCCGCCUACGGUGACCAGGCCCUCGAAAAUGAGUACAAAAGUUAUGUUCGCCCCAAGCCCCGCCCCGGCCGCCCUGGUCCCCCUCCACAUGGGCAUGACAACCCUCAGCCCAACUACGCCUUCCAGCCUGGCGUGAACCGUCCCGGAGCCGGUGGCUAUGGUGGAGAGAGCGAGUACGGAGGCGGCGGUUUCGGAUCCGAGGGAUACGGUCGCACGAAGCCACCUAGUUCUGAAUAUGGAUCUGGGUACCAGAGGCCCGGCUCCGAAUACGAGAGGCCUACCUCGGAGUACGGAUCCGGGUACGGCCGGAAACCGGAGUAUGAGAGGCCUAGCCCGGAAUAUGGAUCUGGUGGAUACCAGAGACCAAGUUCCGAAUAUGGAUCCGGUGGAUACCAGAGGCCAACUUCCGAAUAUGGAUCCGGUGGUUACGAGAGGCCAACUUCCGGAUUAGGAUCCGGUGGUUAUGAGAAGCCAACUUCCGAAUACGGAUCCGGAUACGGCCGGAAGAGCGGGUAUGAGGAGCCCACAUCGGAGUAUGGAUCCGGGAAUGCCAGGAAGACGAGCUAUGGCGAGGAGGAGAGUGGUGGGUAUGGAGGAUAUGGAAGGAAACCUGAGAGGCCGAGUUACGAGAGUCAGGAGAGUGAGGGUAGGUAUGGAGGAUCAAGCUAUGAGAGGCCCAGCUAUGGAAGGUCUGAGGAAGAGGAAUACAGGAAGCCCAGCUAUGGAAGGUCUGAGGAAGAGGAGUACAGGAAGCCCAGCUAUGGGAGCCGUGAUGAUGACGACGAAGGCUAUGGCCGCAAGAAAUAUGGCGGCGAGGGCUCUGAUGAUGAUGAGGAAAAGAAACAUCGCUACAAGCAUCACCACCAGCACCACCACCGCAAAGACUAUGACGAUGAGUGAGCAAACUGGCAAGUGGUGGUCUGCUAGGGGUUCAUGUUAUUUCAAUCCACUACUAUUACUGAAUAAGGGUUGGCAUGCUUCCCUUCAGUGUUCGCGUGUUUUAAGCAUAUAUUGUUGCAGUAUCUUUGAGAAGAAAUAAAUAGACUAGAGCUAUGCAGACUCAAGUUAAUUGUGUGAGAUCGUCAGCCUUUUGCUUUUGAUUGUAAGCCGAUAAGUGAAAUCCCAAGUACCUGGGAAGGUGUUGUGGAUAUUCCCCUUGUCUGAUUAAGUGCAGCUAAGUUGCUUUUCAUGUCAAAUUUGAAAAUUAUUGGCUUUGGUCUCCAUGACUUGCUUUUGUGGCUUUAAAGUUUCGCAUAAUGGUUUGAUUCUGGAAUUCUUCCAUCUCGGGAAUUAAGCAAGAG